CCCAGCUGGUCGAUUUCUGAAAAGUGAAACGAGGGAGUAAUGUGAUGCUUAACUUGUGUCUUAACGUAAACAAACUGUUUUCUCUCUAUAACAAUGGGUUUGGUGUAUUAAAUGAUGGGGGGAAGUGAAGGAAAACCUGUACAGUCAGAGGAAAGUGAGACUCAGAAACAGGAUGACAGCUCAGGAGAGAUGGUCUGCACACCACCAACGUCUGAAAGAGGAACUGUGUAUCACCGUGAGGAAGGUACAGAAGAAGUUAUCCAGAACCAGCCAUCCCUAUCACUUUCUGUCCAGUUUACCAGCACACAGAUCUCCACCACUCAGCUACUUACACGUCAACAAUCAGUAAAUGCACAAGCAGCUGUAGGUUGCAGUUUAAAGGAUGUGCGUUAUGAACCGACCACGGAAACCAUAAACUUUUACUUGCUAGCACGUCUUCUGCUGGAUGUUUGCAGUGAUGCUAUGAGGGACCUGCUGCGAUGUAAGAUUAGUGGAGGUGAAGGGAUGCUUACCAAAGAAAUUUACCAAAACAGAGACAAAUUGAAUCAUCUUAGCAUCAGCCAGAAAAAUAUAAUCAUGCCUCCAAACAACCAGCUUGUGCAAUAUGAUUCUCUUGACUUCACUUUAUUGUACACAAUUUUUCGGAAUGUGUGUCCUAAGAAGAUAGAGGCUGAUGUAAAAAAACAGAAAAAGUGGGGUAAACCUCCAGAAGAUGGUGAUAUGAGCCUUAUCACUGCACUUGAAAGAAUCCGGGUGUGUAGAAAUAGUUGUUUUGCACAUGCUACUUCUGCAACGGUAGAGGAUACAGAAUUUAAGAAGAUAUGGAACCAAGUUGAAAAAUCACUGCAGAGAAUAGAAGAAAAUUUAGAUCCAGCAGUUGCCUCUAUAUGCUAUUUAGACCAAAUGAAGAAACUAGAAGAAAAUCCUAUUUUAGAUCCCAAGACUAAACCCCUUUUGCAGCAGUUGGCUGAAAAAGAGAAACAGUUGAUGGAAAGUCAUAAAAUGUCAGCAGAGACUGAUCGCCUUCUUGGAGAAUUAAUUGGCAUUAGAGAGAAGUACAAGAAGAAUAUUCCUGAUUUCAAAUCACAGCUGUCAGUACAUUCCUACAGAAUUAAGGAUGCAAAUAUUGGUCAGACAGAACAUUAUUUGAGAGAAUGUAAGAUGGAAAACAAAUUUUAUGUGAAAACAAAUGUAUUCUAUGAGACGGAAAAGUUUCUGAAAAAAUAUAACUGUGUCAUAAUUGUUGGAAAGCCAGGAUCAGGGAAAACAGGGAUUGCAAAGCAAUUAAUGUUCAAGUAUUCCGAUGAAUUUGUUGUUCGCAUAUUAGACAGUCCUUCCGAGUUUCAGUUAAUCGACCCUACAAUGAAAUCUUUAAUUUUCAUUGAUAACAUAUUUGAUUGCACUGAUGACACUUUGAAAGCUUGGUGGAAAAGGUUUGAUAAAAUAGAAGAUUUUGUGUGUUCGAAGUGUGUUAACCAAAAUGUUUUUAAGAAUGAUAAUGCCGUGGAGGAAACUGAAGGAGAGGUUCCAGAAUUCAUUACAUACGUAGUUAUCACCACUAGACCACAUUUGCUUGAGGCAGCCAAAGAGAGGAUGGAUAAAACUCACUCUUUAUUGGAAAAAUAUGCUUUAGAUAUUGAUUCAGAAAAUUUUAGCUUGAGUGCAAGGGAAAAGCGAGAUAUAUUGGAAGCUAAACUCAGGUAUGCAAGCCAAGAACAAAAUAUAAAAGAAGAAAAUUUCUCAAAGGAAGAUUGGACAAGUAUUUUUCAAUCCUGUCCUCCGUUUGGGUUUCCAUUAUGUGCCCAUUUAUUUGCAUGCGACGAAAGAUACAGGAAAGAUGGAACAAAGUUUUUCUCCAAUCCUCAUCAGUAUAUGCUUGAUGGACUGAAGGAAAUGCUUAAAAUGCAGUAUUCAAGACGCAAAGAGGCACUUUUUAUUCUUAUGCUGGUUUGUGAUAUAAAGGAUAGAAGUCUGGAAUAUGACAACGAGGGUGAAUGCUGGAAAGUACUUACCGAUUUGGGGCUUACAGAUUUGAAAGAAUUAUCUUUAGAAAAGAACAAAGACGUUAAAGAUCUGCCACAAGCUGCAACAGAACUUGAAGAGAAAUAUUUGAGAAAAUGCAGUAAACAAGGAUAUAAAUUUAUUCACCCAAGUGUUCGAGAAGCUGUAGAAACGUACUUUAUUGAAAAAUACACACAAAAGGCUAUCGAAAUACUCCCUAUGCGUGUUCUGUCUAGUAAGAUGUUUUCAGAAUGUUCCUCUGAUGAAUAUGCGCCUUUGAUGAACCUACAUUCCACAAAAGAAAGAUUAGCUAAACGACUAAUACUAGAAAUUAAUGAGGGGAAUAUUUGUGAAGUUUGCAAAUUCCCUGGAAUAAAAAACAAGAACUUUUCAGGUGUAUUUCUGAGUGAAAUUACCCGGAAUGCAGAAACUGUAAAAAAUGUUAUGAGCAUUAAAGAUAAUUGUGGAUUUCCUUUCAUGUAUUGGUUCACUUUAUGUGCACAUCUUGACACAGUUCUUCGGCUUUUGAGAAAUGAAACAGUCGAGAAAGUAUUAACCGAAUCAGAACUUUUAAUGCAGUAUGGAUACUCUCUAAUUGCCUCUUGUAUCUCAGAAGAAAAGAUUGAAAUUACUGAUUUCAUUUUAGAGAAGUAUUCAGGCAAGGAUAUCCAAAAUUUCUAUGGAGAUGAGAACCGCUCAUCAGGAGUACAGUUUAACCAGAGUUACGUAUAUCCUCUUUCAGAAGCGCUAAGGACAAGAAAUGAAAAAGCUAUACAGCUUUUGUUGAAGAAAAAAGCGUGUUUUCCAUCCUCAACAUGGAAAGGAUGGCCUUUUCUACAUGCAUGUUACAAUGAACCAACAAUUUGUUGCUCAGAAUUCCUUGAGGCUGUUCUUUCUUUUGACAGAAACGAAAGUGUAUUUGAAAGUAAUGAAGAAAAAGAUGUCUUGAAGUAUGAUCAAAUUAGAGCAACAGAGGAGACAUUUCUCGAAAGUAUAGUGUCAAAAAUUGAGAAGUCCAUACGCCUGAAUAAGGAAUCUUGCAAGAUGAUUUUAUUUUAUUUAAUUCAAAUUUCUAAUUUGGAAAUAUCAGAUGGUAUUAUACAUGCUUUUUGUUCAAUACCUGAAAUCAAACAACGCUCUGAGGUGGAACGAAUAAAUCCACUAAACUUUGUUGAUGACAAUGGAAAUUCCAUUCUUCAUCUUCUUUUGAAUUACCAAAGGAAUCAACCAACUAUGGGGGCGAACUAUGACGAUAUUGCCCAACCUGAGGAUGAUAUAGUAGAAGGAGAUAAAGAUGAAAAUCUACCCAUGCUUCCAGAGGAAGUAACUGAUGAUUAUCAACUUGAUAUUGUCUUUGCGAGAAUGGAAGAGAAAAGCGUUCAUUUACGGACAAUACGGAGAUUUUACAAAAAAGGUGCAGAUCUUAAUAUGAAAAAUAAGAUGGGAGAGACACCACUGAUGAUUGAAAUUAGCAAAUUUUGUCCAUCAAUAGAUGUUGUUAAAAGCUUAUUACAUUAUCAAGCAAAUCCUAACGUUCAGGAUAAUUGUGGAAGAUCCUGUUUACACAAGCUUCUUCUCCAAAAUUAUAAGAAAAAUAUACCAAUAGAGAAAUUUCUAGCUCUUUUAAUAAAAUCAGGGGCAGACCUUAACAUGGUUGACAAAUUUGGCAAUAGUCCUAUUUUGACAGAGUUGAAAAGACAGAGACCAAGGAGUGGUAUUUUGAAUCAGCUAAUAGAUGCACAAAUAGACAUGAGAAUAGCAGACAGUAAUGGAAAAACGGCACUUAGUGUUGCAUUAGCAGCCUCCUACGAGACUGACAUAAUGAAGAAAGAAAUAGUUAAAAUCCUUUUAAAAUCGAAAUCUGUGGACGCUCUUUCCCGUGAUAAAACUGGGAUUUCUGCUUUUAGAUUUGCUUUGGGGAACCCGAAUAUCGAAGAAGAUAUUUUAAUACAGAUUGCUCUCCACGACUCUUGUCGUUUUCCUCUCCAUGAAUGCAUAAAAGAAAAUGUCGAGGAAACCAUUAAAAUUCAAGGCAUAACACACCUGCUUUCGACUGGUAAUGAUAAGCUGCAAAUUUCUGCAAAAGAUCCGGAGGAUCAGACCCUUUUGAUUACUGCUGCUCAGGCUUGUCCACAUAUGCACAGACUUCUUGAAUUUUUGUUGUCGAAGGAUGUACCUAUAAAUGCAAAAGACUCUUCUGGGAAAAGUGCUUUGUUUUACAUGAUGGAAUCUGAUGUUGAAUUUAGUGCACGUGAGACUUCAUUCAACUUGCUUUUGGCAAAAAGGCCUUCAGUUAAUGAUGAAAUAGGAAACAUUGAAUCACAUUCACCAUUAUUGAAAGCAAUGCAGUCUAUGGUAUGUAGAUCAUUUCUGUUUGACCCACUGGAAUUUCCAUCGGAAGCAGUGGCAAACAAAGUUGCAAUAGCGGAGUCUCCAAAGAAGCAUAUAUCAAGAAUAGGUCUUUUUCCUGAUAGAAUGUCGGAUCUGAAAAUUGAAAUUGUCCAGAAAAUGCUAGAUAUUUGUACUGCUGACCUUAACUUCUCAGUGGAUGAAAAGGAACGUACAUAUCUUCAUUACUGUGCGAGCUCUCGUUUAGCAGAUAAACAAACACUUGCAAUCUGCAAACGCCUUGUUGAACUUGGUGUUGAUGUUGAUCAAAAAGAUAAAGAUGGACUCACCUGCAUCGAUAUGGCAUUUAAAUUCUAUGAAAAGAAAUUUGACACUCUUGUUUUCUUAAUUGAGAAAAGUACAAAUGUACAGGGUUUGGACAUCGAUAAAUUAUUGGAAUAUUUGGCAGAUAACACUGAUUUGUAUGAGAAAUUGGUUCAGUAUCUGACAGAGAGCAUGUUUGAAUUAAAUAAGCCAAAACGAAACUUGUUUCAUUAUUUGGCUUUAAUUGGUUAUUAUGCCAAAGACCAAGCAAAAGCGGAGCGCGAAGCCGUGUUUGAUAAACUUCAAAAAUACUUUCCAGCACAUGAGAAGAAUGAAGACGGUCAUAUCCCGUUGCAUACUGCAAUUGAAAGUAAUACAAGUGUGUCCUGUAUUCGAAGCUUUGUGCGGAUAAGUACAUCGUAUCUUGACGAGCGGGACCUUGAGGGAAACACAGCUUUACAUUUGGUAUUGAAGUCGAACAGAGAGGAUGUUGACGUACUUACAAUAGUGAAAAAGAUGCUUAAGUUUAAAGUUGAUAUCAAUGCUCAAAACGACUUGGGUAGAACACCUCUAAUGAUAGCUGUAAGAUGCGAGAAGGAUAGGACAAAUACAAUAAAAGAACUUCUCAAUCACAAAGAACGACUAAAUUUGCUUUUGCUUGAUCGCACAAGAUUUUCAGUUCUUCACCAUUGCAUUGACACAUCAAAGGAUGAUUUCACAGCCCAUUGUAUUCUGUCUAUUUUUCUAGACUCAGGUCUGUCUCUUCCAAUAAAAGCAAAAACAAUCAAAGGAUAUACCGCCCUCAAUUAUGCCGCAAAAUAUGCCCGUUUCAGUCGCAUAUUGUGUAUAAUAAAGAUGCUUCAGACCAAAGGUUGCACGAUUGAAACUGUUGAUGAAAAAGGACAAUCACCACUUUAUAAUUCAGCGAUUAAUCUCAAAGGAGUUAAUCCUUUAAUUGUUUUGGAAAGAUUACUGCGUGCAUAUAUAUUUUUGAUUCAUGGUGAUUCGGAUAUGGAGACAAACAACGGAGACAAAGUAUCUUCUGUUUGUGAAAAGUUCGAAUACGGUUCUCUUAAAGAACUGAUAGACAUUGAGGACAUCGAUGGCAUAGAUUCAGAUGCAGCAUAUGAUAUUAUAAAACGAGUCUGGAUUACUGUUUCAAGUGGACAUUUUCCCAGGAACCACUAUGAACAUAUUUUUGGAUUCAAGGAUGAAAAAAUUAAGUCAUUAAUUUUGGAUUCGCUGCCUUUUUUGUCUCAUCGUAGGUUAGACAAUUUAAAAAAUGAGGAACCUUUGGUGGAUGAUACCUGUCUCUCAAGUGUACCGGACCUUGAACGUGACCCAGUAUCAGCAAUGAUGGAGUGACUUACUCAGUACAUGUAUAUGUUAAAGACUUGCUGAUCCAGAGAACAUUAUGUGCAAUAUAUAAGUCAAGCAAUAGAAUGUAAAACAACAUCGACAUUGAAUUCAUAAAAUAGUAUGUUUGUAUGUACAUUUAUUUUACACUUGUUCUAUUGAAAGUUUGUUUAUAUGUACAUUCGUUUUAUACUUGUUUUGAAGCUUUACUGAAAGGCAGCCAAUUGUAGAUUCCUCCAAGAAAGU